AGCUGUUUGAGAAGAAGAACUACGAGCUGAGGAUAGCAGGAGGUGCCGUGAGGGAUCUGCUCAGCGGAGUGACCCCGCAGGACAUCGACUUUGCCACCACAGCCACACCAGCAGAGAUGAAGGAGAUGUUCACCUCAGCUGGUGUUCGCCUGAUCAACAACAAAGGGGAGAAACACGGAACCAUCACUGCCAGGCUCCAGGAGCAGAACUUUGAGAUCACCACUCUGCGGAUCGACGUGGUCACCGACGGGCGACACGCCGAGGUGGAGUUCACCACCGACUGGCAGAAGGAUGCUGAGAGGAGGGACCUCACUGUCAACUCCAUGUUCUUAGGCUUGGAUGGGACACUCUAUGAUUUUUUUAAUGGCUAUGAAGACUUGAAAAGCAAGAAAAUCAGAUUUGUAGGGAAGGCAAGUGAGAGAAUACAGGAGGAUUAUUUAAGAAUCCUGAGGUACUUCAGGUUUUAUGGAAGGAUUGCAGAGGAACCUGGAGAUCAUGAGCCCAGUACAAUGCAGGCAAUCAAAGAGAAUGCCAAAGGCUUGGCUGGGAUAUCAGGAGAGAGGAUUUGGGUGGAGCUGAAAAAGAUUCUGCUUGGAAAUCAUGUGGAUCACUUGGUGCAACUUAUGUAUGAGCUGGAUAUUGCCCAGUACAUAGGGUUACCACCUGAUGGGAACUUAGAGGAGUUUUCCAGAGUCGCUAAACAUAUCCAGGCUCUGAGUCCCAAACCAAUGACUGUUCUGACAGCCUUGUUCAAAGCCAAGGAUGAUGUGACAAACCUUGACCUGAGGCUGAAGAUCUCCAAGGAAGAAAAAAACCUCGGGCUGUUCCUGGUGAAGCACAGGCAGGAGCUAACCAAAGCUGUGGGGCCAGAGCCGCUGAGGCCGUACCAGGACUUCCUGAUGGAUUCUAGGGAAGCCAACACAAACUCCAAGAUCUUUGAGCUGCUGAAAUACCAAGGGGAAGAACAGCUGUUGAAAGAGAUGCAGGAAUGGACUGUCCCUUCUUUCCCCGUCAGUGGCCACGACCUGAGGAAGAUGGGGGUGUCAUCCGGCAAAGAAAUCGGAGCAGCCUUACAGCAGCUGAGGGAUGAGUGGAAGAAGAGUGGAUACCACAUGGACAAAGAGGAACUCUUGAGCUGCUUGAAGAAGCCAUGA